AUGCUCCAUCGCAAGCAAUUAGGAAAAACAGAUGUCGUUUUUGUGUCCUUAUAUGGUAAUCAUGGCUUUGAAGCUCUUAGAACGUUGGUGGUGGGCUCAACAUUGUCUGUCAGGAUUCCUACUACUUGGGAUAACAAGUUAUACCAGGUUUGCAACACUAGCUUUGACGGUUUGAUAUGCCUCUACGAUCUCUAUGGUCCUAGUAUUGUGGUCAAUCCCACCACUCGUUGGCAUCGAACUAUUUCUCCAUGCAACUAUCAAAUUGCGUCUUUUGAUAGAAUCAUACAAUGGCAUGCAUCACCUUCUCCUGGAUUUGGUAAAGACAAGAUCAAUGGGACAAACAAACCAGUCUGGUUAUACAAUUCUGCUGAAAUAGGUCUAAAAGAACAAAAGCACUACUACUUGUGA